AUGCUCGCUGCCCCUCCCUGCCUCUUCUUGUCCCUUUAUGCCGUUUCCCGUUCCUCCCUGUCGUUCGAUACCCCCCUCCAACUACCAUCCCCCAUCCUCCAUCCUCCAUCCUCCAUCCCCUGUCCUCUAUCCCCCAUCCCCCAUCCUCCAUCCCCCAUCCCAUAUCUGCCUUCCCCCAUCCGCCUUCCCCCAUCCCCCAUCCGCCUUCCUCCAUCCCCCAUUCGCCUUCCCUCAUCCCCCAUCCCCCAUCCGCCUUCCCCCACCCCCCUUCCCAAUCCCCCCCAUUCUCUUGCAGUGACAGUCGGGUGCAUGACGGUCAUCAUGCCAGGCGCCGGCCCUCAUGCAACCCUCAUGCAACGAGCUACAAUGCAAGCCUUAUUCCCCCUCCCUGCUCCCUGCUCUACCAGCGACGACCGUGCCAGGCGCCGGCCUUCAUGCAACGAGCUGCAGUGCAGCAAGGUGCAGGUGGUGCCGUGGAGGGGAGGCGAGGGGCGCAUGGCAAUGGAAAAGGGCGAAAGGGAUAGGAGGGCCCAAGGGGGUGAUGGAGGGGAGGGGAGUUUGGGAAGCACGAUUGCUGCAGCGGUGGCUCAGCAGGGCGGUGGUGGCAGCGGUGAUGGUGGCGGCGGUGGCGGUGGUGGUGCUGGUGGUUCUGGUGGGGCUCAUGGAGGGAAGAAGAAGAGGCGGGGGCGAAGGAGGGGAGAGGGACAGGCAACGGCAGAGUGCGCUACAGAUGCAGGGGCAGAGGGUGGUGCAGCAGAGGGCGUGGCAGGGGUAGAGGGUGGUGCAGAGGGAAAGUCUUGGGUUGCUGCCGUUGCAGAAGUAGAGGAAAUAGGGGAGGAGAAGAUUGGGGGGGAGCAGAUAGCGAGAGAGCAGGCGAUAGAAGCGCAGACAGAGGGGGUGUCAUUUGUGGUGGCGGAGGAGGGAGCAUGGUAG